CUUUGAAACUAUACCAAUGAUUUCAGACAUUACCUUUAAGUCAGUCUCGGAUUUGUGUUGUACGGAAUGUGCAAGAGACGAUAUCAGUAAGGCACUGCCUAGAAGAGGAAAGGUAGCAAGGAACUCACUUGGAGCCGCCAUUCUUGGAUUUGAUACUGCAGAUGAUGAUAGAUUGGAUCUCAAAAAAGUAUCUGGAAAAGGAUCAGAGGUUAAUGAACACGAUAUUCCCGAAAUUAAAGUGGUUUCUAAUCACAGUAUGAUUCCUUAUGAUCAGUUCUCUAGAGACAGGAAGUUUUUGAAUCUUGAAGCUGAGGCAAAGGAUGUUCUUGGUGCAUUGUUGGCUAAGUUACAUGUACAGGUCAAAUUGAUUACCUCCAAACGCGGUGUUCUGCAGCCGACGGAAGAGAUUUAUGUGAAAUUAGCAAAGGCAUUUCUGGAAAGUGGAAAGAUGAAAGAGUUAGCAGAGUUUCUGUUAAAGGCAGAACAUGAAGACUCCCCUGUUUCUAGUGAUAACUCGAUGCUGGUGAAUGUUAUCAACGCUUGUAUUUCCCUAGGAAUGUUGGAUCAGGCGCAUGAUCUACUAGAUGAGAUGCGUAUGGCUGGGAUAAGAACCGACUCAAGCUGUUAUGAAGCUUUAAUCCAAGUUUGGAUGCUNCGAACUAGAGAAGUGACAUCACUCCUUAGAGAUGCUCAAAAGGCAGGGAUUCAAUUAGACUCAAGCUGUUAUGAAGCUUUAAUCCAGUCUCAAGUGAUUCAGAACGAUACUCAUGGAGCUCUCAAUGUGUUCAAGGAAAUGAAAGAGGCGAAGAUACCGAGAGGCGGCAAUCAGCAGUUCGAGAAGCUCUUAAAGGGAUGUGAAGGAAACGCAGAGGCGGGACUUAUGUCCAAACUCUUGAGAGAAAUCAGAGAAGGGCAGAGUUUGGAUGCUGGUGUUCAUGAUUGGAACAAUGUGAUCCAUUUCUUUAGCAAGAAAGGUUUGAUGCAAGAUGCAGAGAAGGCGUUAACGAGGAUGAGAAGUCUUGGGCAUUCGCCAAAUGCUCAAACUUUUCAUUCUAUGGUCACAGGGUAUGCAGCCAUAGGGAGUAAAUACACAGAGGUCACUGAGCUAUGGGGAGAAAUGAAGUCCAUAGCCGCAGCUACUUCAUUGAUGAGGUUUGAUCAAGAGUUGCUCGAUGCGGUGCUCUACACGUUUGUUAGAGGCGGAUUUUUCUCGCGGGCUAAUGAAGUUGUGGAGAUGAUGGAGAAAAGGAAUAUGUUUGUUGAUAAGUACAAUUAUCGGAUGCUCUUCUUGAAGUAUCACAAGACUGCUUAUAAAGGCAAAGCUCCAAAUGUUCAGAGCGAGUCUCAGCUCAAGAAGAGAGAAGCUGGUUUAGUAUUCAAGAAAUGGCUCGGGCUAUCUUGAUUAUGAAUGUAAACACCAUUUUGUAUAUUUAUAACUUACCAUCAUCUAGAGCUGCAAAGAUCUAUACAGAGGCAGCUUAAACAUUGAUAAAGCUUUGGAUUUAUUUAUCUUUUGUAAGAUU